GCAUGCGUGGAACAUUCGAUCACUGGCGGAGUAGCUAACCGCUAGGCUACGAAUCCGGCCGACAUGGAGAGAAAAGUUCUGGCACUCCAGGCCAGGAAGAAGAGGGUGAAGGCGAAAAAGACCAACAAAAAACAACCAGCAAAUGUUCGCGCUCGACCACAGCCUCAACAAGAAACCUCACCUCAGGAACCCGAUGAACCUGAGAUUCUCGGCUCUGACGAUGAGGAGCAGGAGGAUCCCAAUGACUACUGCAAAGGUGGAUACCACCACGUUAAAGUAGGAGACCUUUACAACGGGAAAUACCAUGUGAUCCGUAAACUGGGCUGGGGACACUUUUCAACCGUGUGGCUCGCCUGGGACAUACAAGCUAAGAGGUUUGUUGCAAUGAAAGUGGUGAAGAGUGCAGAACACUACACAGAGACAGCAGUUGAUGAGAUAAAACUGUUGAAAUCUGUAAGAAACUCAGACCCAAACGAUCCCAACCGGGAGAUGGUGGUUCAGCUGCUAGACGACUUCAAGAUCUCUGGUGUCAACGGAACUCACGUCUGCAUGGUGUUUGAGGUGUUGGGGCAUCACUUAUUAAAAUGGAUAAUAAAGUCCAAUUACCAAGGGCUGCCGCUGCCCUGUGUGAAGAGCAUCAUUAGACAGGUUCUCCAAGGCCUGGACUACCUGCACACAAAGUGUGAGAUCAUCCACACAGAUAUUAAACCAGAAAACAUCCUGAUGAGCGUUGAUGAGCCUUACGUUCGAAAACUUGCAGCUGAGGCCACCGAGUGGCAGCGGGCUGGGGCGCCGCCUCCUUCUGGUUCAGCAAUAAGCACAGCACCAGCUCCAAAACAGACUGUGAAAAUGUCAAAAAACAAGAAGAAGAAGUUAAAAAAGAAACAGAAGCGUCAGGCAGAGCUGCUAGAAAAGUGCAUUAUGGACCUGGAAGAGAUGGAAAAGACCACAGAGACUCGAGUGGACGAUGAGGAAGAAAAUGACCCACAGUCUCCAAAGGGGCGAGCUUGUGCUCCUCUCAGACAAGUGUCUCUUCAGGAGCUAGAAAACAAGGAAACCGUAGAUGGUGUAAAUGAAAAUUACAUGAGACUGGGACCAGACGAGCUGUCAGAGACCAACUGUAACGGCAACGCAGAGGUGGAGCAGAGGCAGCCCAAGUUUAGGAAUGAAGACCAACACAAUGGCAACGCAGAGUCUCCAGAGGAACAACAUAAAGAGUCCCUCAUCUACCCUCUGUGCAACGGCGUGGACUCUACGGAUUUCAAUGGGCCAGACCCCGAGACUGAAGACAGUGGGGCUCACGGCAGUGAAGUUACUGAAAGACGUCUUCCUGAUGGGCUGGAGGAUGGAGAGCUGGAGCAAAGUAUUUUGCAGGAGGAAGAUGAGACUGAGUGUCAUGGAAUCCCAGAGAGCCUGAGAAAUGGCAAGUUAACUGCAGGAUCUCUGCUGGUUAACCCUCUCGACCCAAUAAAUUCAGACAAGAUCAAGGUCAAGAUUGCAGAUUUGGGAAAUGCAUGCUGGGUGCACAAGCACUUUACAGAAGACAUCCAGACGCGACAGUACCGGUCUUUAGAGGUUCUCAUUGGUUCUGGAUACAACACACCAGCCGACAUAUGGAGCACAGCCUGCAUGGCCUUUGAACUCUCUACUGGUGACUACUUGUUUGAGCCACAUUCUGGAGAAGAUUAUUCCAGGGAUGAAGACCACAUAGCGCUGAUCAUUGAGCUGCUGGGGAGUGUCCCACGCAAACUCAUAAUGAACGGCAAAUAUUCCAAGGAUUUUUUCACCAAGAAAGGUGAUUUGAAACACAUCACCAAGCUGAAGCCGUGGGGCUUGCUAGAGGUGCUGGUGGAGAAGUACGAGUGGUCCCGCGAAGAGGCGGAGUGCUUCACCGACUUCCUCCUUCCCAUGCUGGAGCUGGUUCCUGAGAAAAGAGCCACUGCUGCGGAGUGCUUGCGCCACCCCUGGCUCUCCCUCUAGUGGACACCUUCCGCCAUUGCACCUCCCCCCUUCCCUCAUUUCCUCAAGACUGCAACAGAUCACUUUUCCAUUUUGGGCAUAUCAGAUUAAUAUUUAUUUCUUUUUGUUUCUUGUUUAUGUUCCAUUUAUUGAGCUGUUGCUUCUGUGUACAUUUGCUUUCGGUUUACUUGUUCUUCCCUCGGUGUAAUGACAUCAGAAAUCCAGUGGAUUUGUAUAAUUUGUGGUCAUGUCCAGCUGCUGUUCUCUCGUCACCCCCAAAAGGAAACUUGUCACUUAGCUGCUGGAGACUCAUCCUUGUUUGUUACACUCCUGCACUAAAACUACAACAAUUCAAGGAUAUAUGUAGCCUCUUAAUUUUCGUCCCCUUAAAAAGACACUUUUUCCACCAAUAUUUUCACUAGUAUUGUUUCUUUUUAUGCAUUAUUUCAUAUCACACAUGUGGUGUUUUGUACUUGUAACGUAGGCUUAGGAAGUUGCACACUGGGCUGACAUUUACACUGACUGGUAACCCAUAGCAUUUCUCUCUAGAGUUGUACUGACACGGUCACGAAGUAGGUCAUAUUUAGGCUAACAAACCCGUCGUCACCUGGUAUUUAGUGGGUUUGUUAAUAAUAAAUGAGAUAUUUCAUGGGAGGCUGGCAUUCUCAUACACCUAUUUCAAUUCAGGUAUGUAGUAGUAAAAGGUUUCAACGAGACAAAAUGUUAAGCCCAACUGGAAGGAGAAAAAAAUAAACUGUAUAUAUCUGUACCAAAGAAUUUGCCUUUAUGUAUAUUACAGGUAUGUACAGUUUUUAACAAAUCUUAUAUCUUAGCUAAAAUUAAAAAAAAAUUAGCUGGGUUAGCUGUGUUUUAAUAAAGCGUAUGAAAGAUGUUUGAGCUCAGUUGUAUGUACGGCCACCUGUUCAAUAAUAAUAAUGUCUGUUUUUAACCAUAGAGUUGGUGAGAUCUGAUGUUAAUAUAAUGGUGUACCAAACUGAUCAUAUUAAAGUAAGCUAUGUUGUCUGUCCAGACCUAAAGAUGAAAACAAAACUUUGCAUUAGUGUCACAUUGAAGGAAAAAAUAAAAAAAAGGUAGACAUUGUGUGGGGUAACGAUUAAAGACCUGUACGACACCAUACAA